AACCAAACAAGGCCUUAACUGACUAUUGACUAGUGAUGAGUGCCCCUCCAGAUUCCAGGAAAUGACAGGAUAACACGAUCAUAUCGAGUGAAGUGCGCGUUUGGGUGGUCAAGUGAAGGGGAGAGAUGACUCUAAAAGUGUAUGCAGAUCGUAUGUCUCAGCCAUCCCGUGCGGUGCUUAUCUUUUGCAGGUUAAAUGGAAUAGAGUUCGAGGAAAUCAAAGUGGAACUAUCAAAACGUCAGCAGUUGUCUCCCGAAUUCAAAGCACUUAAUCCCUUGAAGAAAGUCCCUGCUAUUGUUGAUGGAAGAUUCAAGCUGUUUGAGAGCCAUGCAAUUCUUAUCUACCUCGCCUCCGCCUUCCCUGGAGUUCCAGACCAUUGGUACCCUGCUGAUCUUUCCAGGAGAGCUAAAAUUAACUCUGUGCUGAGUUGGCAUCACCUGAACUUACGCCGUGGGGCAGCCACAUUUGUUCUGAAUACCGUACUAGCUCCUUUCCUGGGUCUUCCGCUGAACAAACAAGCUGCUGCAGAAGCUGAGGAGAUUUUGUCCUCAUCUCUGUCAACCUUAGAGAAUGUAUGGCUAAAGGCGAAUGGCCGGUUCUUGCUUGGUGGCUUUCAACCAUCCAUAGCUGAUCUCAGCCUGGUCUGUGAAAUUAUGCAAUUAGAGCUUCUGGAUGAGAAGGAUAGGGAUCGUAUUCUUGGCCCACACGAAAAAGUUCAGCAUUGGAUUGAGAGCACAAGAAAUGCAACAAAACCUCAUUUUGAUGAAGUUCAUAAUGCCCUCUAUAAGCUCAAAGCAAAAAUCAGGGUUAAAACCGCACUACCCUCAAAGAUGUGACAAUAUAAAAAGGCUUGCGGUAUACAUGUGAAAAGCUGACUUGUAAUAAGAAUGUUUUUGCCUUUAGCUGAAGGCUUGAAGCUUGAAAUAUGUAAUUUAUCAUUUGCAAUCAAAAGUUAAACCGUUGUCUGAUUAACUGGCUUCAGUGAAGUUUUGACAUCGUAUUAUAGCGUCA